UUCGCCCACCCAAAUUUCACUGGUCGUCACCCCGUCCAGGCCAGCCCACCCACGGCAUCCCGCUCGCCUUGUGGUUGUCGCUGGUGCUUUCCGCCUUGCCCCUUCCCUCAUUUCCAACUUUGCAUCCAAAACCGGUGACUCUACUCAUUUCCACCCUUCAUCCCCAAACCUUCAGACGUUAGACAUCGUCCACUGUCCACCAACUUUCUACUCACGAACCUCGCUCCGCGAACACUGCGCUCUCCCCAGAACAACACACAUUACUCGAUUCCUUAGUUCUACCGAAGAUAAUCAUCAAAACCGACAAAAUGGGUCAUGAAGAUGCUGUCUACCUCGCCAAGCUCGCCGAGCAGGCUGAGCGCUAUGAGGAGAUGGUUGAGAACAUGAAGAUCGUUGCCUCCGAGGACCGUGACCUCACCGUUGAGGAGAGGAACCUUCUGUCCGUCGCCUACAAGAAUGUCAUUGGUGCUAGACGCGCUUCGUGGAGAAUUGUCACCUCGAUUGAGCAGAAGGAGGAGUCCAAGGGCAACUCUACCCAGGUCGGCCUUAUCAAGGACUACCGCCAGAAGAUUGAGGCCGAGCUGGCCAAGAUCUGCGAGGACAUCCUCUCCGUUCUCGACAAGCACCUCAUUCCUUCCGCCAAGACUGGCGAGUCCAAGGUCUUUUACCACAAGAUGAAGGGUGACUACCAUCGUUACCUCGCCGAGUUCGCCGUUGGCGACAAGCGCAAGGAUUCCGCCGACAAGUCCCUCGACGCCUACAAGGCUGCCACCGAGGUUGCCCAGACCGAGCUUCCUCCCACUCACCCCAUCCGUCUUGGUCUUGCCCUCAACUUCUCCGUGUUCUACUAUGAGAUCUUGAAUGCUCCCGACCAGGCUUGCCAUCUCGCCAAGCAGGCGUUCGAUGAUGCCAUCGCCGAGCUCGACACCUUGAGCGAGGAGAGCUACAAGGACAGCACCCUUAUCAUGCAGCUGCUCCGCGACAAUUUGACUCUCUGGACCUCAUCCGAGGCCGAGCCUCCUGCUGCCGCUGCUGAUGCCCCGGCCGCUGAGGAGGCGCCCAAGCCUGCCGAUGCCCCGGCCGAGGAGGCUCCCAAGCCUGCCGAGUAAAAUUUGUCGUUUGUUUUCUUUGUCUCUUGAUAGUGAUAACCCUGGUUUAUCGUUGGUGAAUCCCCUCGGCGGAAACGGUGUCUUUGGAGUGCGGACUGGAGAUGCUCUCGGGUCGUUGCAUGUGUUUAGGCAAAAUACAGACUUAGGAGGACUUGCAUGAGGCGGUGAUUCGCGGUACCUUGAGGGCUAGAGCGCAGCAUACACGGAGGGUUUUGCUUUUCCUUUCUCACCCUGCUUGCCUUUUAGACUCUUCGAGACGGGAAGACCGUCUGGACAAGAAAAUCCAAAACCCCUUCCCCCACACGGCAGUACUUUUUAUACUUGGCUUGUAAUCGGCAG